AUGCUAUCGGGUACGGAUGAUUCACCAUCAGAAAUGGCCGAAAUGGUCUUCCCGAUCAUUAGCGAGUUAGCUGCGCAGCUCGGGCAGGACACGAGAAAGGGAGAUUUCGGCCGGUUGAGUGGUUUGCUGACAUUAGCUCUUGUCACAAUCGAGACUCUACCAAGUCUUCCACCCCAGAAAGCCGAUAUGUUUGAAAACAGGACUCGGGACGUUUUACAACUGCUAGAGAAAGCGUGCACGUGGCCGAGAGCCCCAAACCGAGCUAGUCACAUAUCGAGAAGCAGAAUCCUGGAAUUUCCAACAUUAAAAGGUCUAAUAAAGGCUAGAGACCGUUUAAAAUCCCCUGCAACACUCAAACAAUCGUACGCCUGCGCCUACCGCGGCCUCAGGGACUUCUUCUCCAAAAGGUGCUAUGAGGGCGAAGCCAAAGCGCUGCUUGAGAUCCUGAAUGGUGCAAAAAUGGCGCAAAGUUUUACCGCCGACGAAAUGGGGCUUACCGACAAGAUGAGCGAAAAAAAUGCAACCCCUGGCUAUCCAGCCCACGUUAACGAAAGUUUAUACUUCGCGCUUGUGGAACAUACAUUCUGUAGCUGCGAUGUUGAGCAUUUGAAACUAGCUAGGUUGAGGCUAGAUGCAACAGAGGAGUUCCAAGAUGAGAGUGUUCCGUUUGAGCUCGCGUUUUCUUCGUUGCCGACAAAUUUUCAAAACUACUCUCUGCAAUCUGAAAGUUGGCAGGAAACAAUGAUACUUGUACGAAAGAGAAUUGGCAAGAAGCAAGUUUUCCAGGAUACCGAAAGCCCACGGCUACCGCGAGAGCACCCUGAAGGCGAAGUUCUAGCCCAUGGGGAUCUUUGCAAGCAUUUAAGCGUCAGAAAAAGUAUACCUUCAAUGUUUAACUUAUCUUUAGAGGAUUCAAGUUCAGUUCCAAUAUUGAGAGAGUAUAUGUGUGCAGCAACCCCUUUCCGCAAUAUUAAGUCUCCUCAAAGCAUUUCGUUCGCUAGGUUCUUGGAAGAGUUCCGAGCCCAAAUGUCGAUAUUAGAUAAAUUUUUGCUUGCUUACCUCCUAGCAAAGUCGGUUUGGCAAUAUCAUGGGUCGAAAUGGAUGAGAAACCCAUGGACUCAUAACGAUAUACAUUUUUUGGAAGAAGAAAAGGCUGCAAGAAACCACAAAAACGUCAUUCUAGCCUCAUACAAUCCCUAUAUUGUGCCUCACUUUACGACUUCCGAGAAUUGUGUGGGCGAAUACUUUCUCACAUCCCCAGGCCAACUUCUUUCCCACCGUUAUCCCGGGAUUCUCGCCUUAGCUGUCAUGCUAAUUGACAUUAUUGGGGGACGGCUCCCACAGGAAUUUCGAGCCAACGAGCCAUAUACAUAUGAAAAACCAAGGAAGUGCUUUAUAUCGGCAUCAAUAGCAAAAAAUGAACUAAAUUGCGACGUCAUUUAUAAAGGGGUUAUCGAGAAGUGCCUUGAUUCAAGACUCUUCGAGCGUGAAAAUGCCCAAUUCGACCCUAAAGAGCCACAGAAGGGUUUAAAAAUACGACAAUCAAUCAUCUACAAAGAAAUCGUCAGACCAUUGAAAUAUCUCAUGUCUAUCCCAAACGUGGCUUCUGAGCUACCUAUCAACCGCGGGGGGAACCCUGGGCAUUUCGGUGGGGGACCAACUUUAAACCCGAUUGGAACGGGGUCUAUUCCUGUGCCAUAUCAGCAAAAUAUGAGCCCUGUGCCUAUAUGUCAAUCCCCUUACAGUCCCCUGAUCCUUCAGGCUUCUCCCGGCCCUUUGGACGCUCGAAAUCCUCGCCUAAGAACUGGCAGUGAUUUGAACGUACUACACGUCCCGGGGCUACAUAAACGCCCUACAAGCCGGAGUGAAUUCGAAAUAGCCAUAAUAUGCGCUCUUCAGACGGAGUAUGAGGCAGUGGAAUUACUCAUCGACGAAUUUUGGGACGAAACCGAGGGCGCGACGCCAUAUAGGCGCGCUCAAGGGGAUCAGAACACUUAUACAAACGGCAGGAUCGGAAAGCAUAAUGUCGUCCUUACAUUGCUUCCUGGCGCUGGUAAAGUUAAUUCCGCCAAAGCAUCUUCGAAUCUACUGAUCAGUUACCCUGGUAUAAGACUCACUCUUUUGGUCGGUAUAUGUGGUGGUGUUCCUACGUAUGGUGAAGGAAAGGACAUCGUACUUGGUGACGUUGUAAUCAGCAGUUCAAUCACCCAGUACGACUUCGGUAGCCAGCUCCCCAACGGAUUCUACUGCAAGAAGCCUUUCGAAACACCGAAUACAUAUAUUAUCAGCCCAUUUCUUGGUAAAAUACAAACAUCACGCAACAUGAAAGCACUCAAGUCUCGAGCUUUCCAACACUUACAGGCUAUUCAAAGAAUUUCUACUGAGGAAGCUAAGAAAUACAUGUAUCCAGGUACAUCUGAGGAUACGCUGUUCCAAGCUUCAUCUCGUCAUAAACAUCAUGCUUCUUCGGACUGCGAUAUUUGCAAAAAGUGCAUCAAGGGCUCUGAUCCUGUCUGUCGUGAGGCUCUAGAAACGCUCUGCACCGAGCUCAGGUGCGAUGAAAAGCUGAUUGUUUUGAGGGAGAAGAUAGCGCGUAGGACAGAGGUUGAGAUAUCAGAGCUAGAUGGUCAUUUCCAUCCUAUCAUACAUUUCGGCCGAAUGGGAUCCGGAGAUACUGUCAUGAAAUCGGGAAUAUAUCGUGAUGAAAUUGCCGAGCAUUAUGGCGUCAUUGCCUUUGAGAUGGAAGGAGCAGGAAUCUGGGACAACCCCCCAUGGAUCAUUAUUAAAGGUGUCUGCGAUUAUGCGGACUGCCACAAGAAUAAAAAGUGGCAGAAUUUCGCGGCAGCAUCGGCAGCGGCUGCUACGAAGGCGUUGUUAGAACAAUAUAAUGGGACGGAUGGACAGUCUCACCCCUUAACAACCUGUUUUGGCCUGAUAGAAGCCAAUCAUGCUGGGUAUGUUUCGCAGCUCGGGGCUAACAGCCUGGUUAGAGGCUAG